UCCUUUGCCUUCCACGUGUCAUCUCAUUUCCUCGACGAGUCACGAAGUUUCUAAAUUUUAAGAUUAUAAACCGCCUCUGCACCUGUUUAAUGCCAUUGAGUUAAAUCAAAUAACAUUUCAAAAAUCUUAGUGAAAUUAAUUAUUAUUAAUAUUAUUUUUGUGUAUUUUGUGGGAUGUGGCAGCAGACGUGGAAUACGCCUUACCGGAAAGAUGACGUGGAAGCCGGAGCAAGGCCGUUGUAUCCAUCGAUGGUGGAGAAUCCACAUCUCCGUUGGGCUUUUAUUCGGAAAGUUUACUCAAUUUUGACUCUUCAAUUGCUUCUCACAAUUGCUGUUGCCUCUGUGGUCGUUACGGUUCAUCCAAUUGCACAUUUUUUUGUGUCAAGUGGGGCAGGAUUAGCCCUGUAUAUUGUUCUUAUCAUCACUCCUUUCAUUACAUUGUGCCCGCUGUAUUACUAUCACCAGAAACAUCCGGUCAAUUUCUUGCUUCUUGGGUUGUUUACAGUUACUCUGGCUUUCGCUGUGGGAUUGACUUGUGCCUUCACCAGUGGCAAAUUAAUAUUGGAGUCCGUCAUAUUAACCACAGCAGUUGUGGUCAGUUUGACACUCUACACAUUUUGGGCAGCAAAGAGAGGCCAUGAUUUCAAUUUUCUUGGACCAUUCUUAUUUGCUUCCCUUAUAGUUCUCGUGUUAUUUGCCUUCAUCCAGCUAUUGUUUCCUCUGGGUAGGCUCUCUGUGAUGAUCUAUGGUUGUUUGGCGUCCAUUUUGUUCUGCGGAUACAUAAUCUAUGAUACGGACAAUUUAAUCAAGCGAUACACUUACGACGAAUACAUCUGGGCAGCAGUUGGCCUGUAUCUCGACGUUAUCAAUCUCUUCCUAUCUAUAUUGACUAUUUUCAGAGCUUCUGAUAGUUGAGAAACAAAGUUAUGCUUGGGAAUAUUGUUUUUUUUCUUUAAAAAAAUAUAUAUUUGGUAUUAGGGCUAUGGUGCAGUAGUCUCUGUAAAAAAAAUGUUACUAAUUCUAUGUUCUCUAUAGAAGUGGCGGCUAUUACAAACAUGAGUAAGACAAAAAUUAAUUGUUUGCAAGGUUGAUGAAUAUAUGAGCGAACAUUAGAGAUUAGACU